CAUGAGUUUUUAUGUUUUAUCCUUUCGGAAAGGAGUUAAAGCUUAAGUAUUAUGCUCAACAAUCAGCACAUCAUGGAUAAACUGAAGGGGUAAAGCAUCCCAUUCAUGACAACAGACUCGGAACUAGUUGCCCACUCACUACACCAGACUCAGAAUUAGUAGCCCUUGGAAGCAAAUGGGCAACUUGAUUCUUUUAUCUUCUAACAAACAACUUUGGGAUAACUUUAAUGAAGGAAAAAACUUCAUUUGAUCGUUACAAUCAUUUGCAAUAAAAAAUUAAUAAGAAUCACGGUGAGGAUUGAUAAAGUGAAAAUAAUGCGGGGUUGAUAUUUUAUGUGGAGGAAAGAGUAACACAUACUGACAAACCACACACUACUUUUUAAAAUUGGAAACACAGUAAAGUACAGACCAAAAAGGAAAAUAUGCACAACAAAUUGGGAUUAAGUGAGGCACACAUGAAUAACAAAUCAACUUAUGAGGUUGAUUUAUCAUCAGCUAGCUUAUUGGCUUGCCUGUAGAGCUUAUUUUUGUGGUUCUGAUUCAUUUUAAGCUCUCAAUAAGCUAUUCAUUUGGUAAAUGAAAUAAGAGCUUAACAUAAGUUCUUAUUUAAAAGCUAUCUCCUUUAGUGUUUCAGAAAGAAGAUCUCCUGUUUACUUUGUUUCCACUAAUAACCAGUUUGGAAAAAUAAUGCUGUUUAUUCAUCCUUAUUCAAUGUAAGGAACUCCAUUUUCUCUUUUUACGUACUCACUAUAUAAGCUAUGCAACAACUAAAUUUUCAAACACUUUUAACAUAGGCUGUUAGCUACUUCCCCACACUCAUUCUCUGACAGAGGUAGAAUAAGUAGCGUUUGACAUAGUUAUUCAGCUAAAACGGAUGUUACCUAACACUUCUCUUUCUAGGAAAUCGAGCAAUUUCAGCCAAAUAACUUUUUACCAAUCUGGACUUUUAAUAUGUGCAAUAAACCCCGUAACACAAGAAUAUUUUUGCAGGCAGAGAUACUUGCUAGUUACAAACCAACUGUGGACACACAAUCACUAGUUCCUAAUUUGAAACAAGUGGAUGAUAUGGUCACAAAGGCUCUGGAGUAUUUCAAGAGCACUAGGCAUGUCAUUCUUUACUAUGAGGACAUCAUUAAAAACAAAACUAAACUGAUGGAUGUUCAAGAUUUUCUAAGGGUUCCUCAUCAAGAAUUAAGAAGCCGUCAAGUAAAGAUACACAAGGGGGCUUUAUCGUCUCAGGUAGAGAACUGGGGAGAAGUUGAGAAGACGCUCAAGGGCACUCCUUACGAGGCCUUCCUGCAACCUGAUUACGAGGUCUAAUUGUACAUUUCUUUUUCUACCUUAACAUAUUCUUUAUUUUUGUUAGCAGAAGCCAACAGGGAAGAGGGAAGUGUUUGUCCUAAUUCAUAAUGUAGUUAAUUAAUAGCAUGUUGCCUUCUUAUGUAUUCCUCCAUUGCAAAAUCCUUCAAUUUUGCUGAUUACCCUUAACGCCGUUAAGGGUACCUCUGUUAACCUCUCGUCGCUACAAAUGAUACCUGAAUUCUUGUUUCUGGGGAAUUAAUAUAAUGUAAUUUA